UGGCUGCUGCUGGUUCAUGUUGCUCUUCACAGUACGCCAUGAUUUAGGUUUUCCUGCCUCUGUUUUAGACUCUGAAGAAGAGCCCGAGGCUUCGCUAUCCCAGUUUCGCGCCUCUGCGUUCUGCGAAGACCUGUCGCUUGCGUUUGUAGUCACUCAAGCGGGAGUCGACUCGUAACACUUCAGUGAUUGGGUCUGACCCAUGGUGGAUCGAAGCCACGUUUUUUCUAGCAGUCGCCGUAAAAACUAUUUUUUGAGCUAGUAGCCGAUUCCAUUAAUAACUUUUUUCAUGGCGGGGUUGUGUAUAGCGUGUACGGAAGGUCGGGUUAGAAUCCAAGCCCUUCUGGAUGCGAGAUGAAGAGAGAAACUGGACGAGCUCGCACGCCUUUUAUACGAAACCACCAUCGGCUCACCUUCAUUCCUGUCUCCUGGACCUCUCGUGUGCGAAAAGCCACGCCUACACAGUCACAAGUAGCGCCAGCGCCUCUUCCCCUCGAUAUAAUGCCUCCUCCCGUCGACCUCUCCUCUCAACCUCGUCCCGGUACCGCAGGCAGUACACCCCGAGGGGUAAACCAGGACUGGUUACCCGCAGAUGGAGGGGUACGAGGGGGUAACCAGGAGAAGUUACCCGAGAAAAAGGUUACCCCCACUCUUAGCGUCGCACAUAGAGUCGCUUCUUUCAGGCAAAUGGCUGGGGAGGCCAGGAGCUCCUCUCCCGGACCUGCGAGCUCGGGAAGAUUCGGAACCGGCGCUGCAGGUUCGGCGAGCUUGUUUGGGCGUGGUUCGGCUGAAGCUGGUUCGGAGGAAGUUGGGUUGGAGGUGCAGCUAGGGCAGCUGAGAAUAAAGAAUACAGAUUUGAAGCUUAAUGUGGAGAAUUUGCAAGCAGAGCUGAAGGCUUCUAAAGAGCAGAUCGGGCAGCUGACAAAAGAAAUUGAGGCUUGGAAGAAGGAGGGAGUUUCGAAAGACACUGCUGCUGAGAUGAAAGCGGAGAUUGAGAAACUAAGGAAUGAACUGGCAGAGAGCAAAGGAGGAGGGGGGAAGGGGCUGGGGGGACUGGGAGAGAGAGAUAAGGAAAUUAAGGAGAUGGAAGAGAAAAUGAUGAUAAUGGAAGUAGACGUUGGGAAGUAUAAAUUCGUGCAUGACAGCUUAAAAGAGAGGGUAGAAAAGGCUGACCAGGGAUAACAAGAAACGAAUUGCGUCUGAGAAGGAGGCUCUUGAUGCGAUUGGGAAAGUGAGGGAGGAGAAGGAGGAGGUGGAGAGGAGAUUGGCGGAGGUCGAGAUGGAAAGGGAUGAGGCGAAGAGGAGGUGUGAGGAGGCGGAGAAAGGGAGGGAAGAGGCUGUGAGGGUGAGGGAGGAGGUGGAGGUGAGGAGAGAUGAGGAUGUGGCAGCUGUGCGGAAAAGACUGGGGGAAGAGAGGAGGAGAGUGGAGGAGGAGAGGGAUGGAGUGGUGAAGGCGAAGGAGGAGGUGGUACGGGAGAAAGAGAGACUGAUAAAGAGAGUGGAGGAGGAGGAGAGGAGGCGAGAGGAGGCUGAGGGCGGGAGACGAGAGGCGGAGGAGGAGAGGGCACGAGCUGGAAGGGAGAGGGAGCAGGCGUGGAAGGAGAGAGAAGAAGCGGAGGCAGCGCGCAGGGACGCGGAGAAGGAUAGGGAUGAGGCGGUUAAGGCCAAGGAGGAGGCGGAAGCGAGACGGGAAGAAGCAGAAAGUGCUCGUGAAGCUGCAGAAAGGAAGCAAGAGGAGGCAGAGCGGGAGAAAGAGCAGGCAGAGGAAGCGAAGUCAGAAGCAGAGGCACGGAAGGAGGAGGCUGAGGUGGAGAGACAGAAGGCGGAAGAAGAGAAGGAACAGGCGAAGAACGAGAGAGAAGUGGCGGAGGCAGCACGGGGGAGGCGGAGAAGGAGAGGGAUGAGGCGGUAAAGGCUAAGGAGGAGGCGGAGGGGAAACGAGUGGAGGCAGAAAACGCUCGUGAGGAGACGGAGAAGAGGCAAGAGGAGGCAGAUCAGAGGAGGGAGGAGGCAGAAAGCAGAAGAGAGGAGGCGAAGAGGGAGAAGGAGCAAGCAGAGAAAGCAAGGGCAGAGGCAGAGGCAAGGAGAAGCGAGGCAGAGAGGGAGAAGGAGCAAGCAGAGGAAGCAAGGGCAGAGGCAGAGGCAAGGAGAGACGAGGCGGAGAGGUCUCAAGCAGAGGCUGAGGCGAGGCUAGCAGAGGGAGAAAAGGCGAAGGAAGAGGCGGAUAAGGCAAGAGAGGAGGCGGAUAAGGCAAAGGAAGAGGCAGAGAAAGCAAGGGAGCAGGCAGAGAAGUCAAAGGAGGAAGCCGAGAAGGCAAGAGAGGAAGCAGAGAAGGCAAAGGAGGAGGCGGAGGCAGCAAAGAGUGAGGCUGAAGAGAAGCUAGCAGUGGCUGAGGAGGGCAGGUGUGCAGCUGAGCAGGCUCGGUCCGAGGCUGACGAGCAAUCAGCUGAGGCAGAGAAGAAGAGACUAGCGGCCGAGGAGGCUCGGGCCGAAGCAAGGAAGCAGGUGGGGGAGGCAGAGGAGGCACGGGAGAAGGCUGAGCAGGCUCGGGCCGAAGCUGAAGAGAGGAAGCAGGAUGCCGAGAGAAGAAGGGAGGAUGCUGAGAUGAAGCAGAAGGAAGCUGAGGAGAGAGCGGAGGAGGCAGAGGG